GUGGACGCAGUGCGUACGCUUUGUAAGGAAUGUGGUGUUGACUCUUGCGGUUCUAAGAAAGAUCUCAUUCUGCGCCUCAGAACCGAAAUGCAAAAUAGACAGGCCUACGACAAAGUGUUUCAGAAGAUCUGGGGAGCAUCAGGUGGUUUGGCUGCCAUAAUGUGUCCCUGUGGAGUUUUGUACAGCUUGAAGUUCAACAUCCGAGCAGAAGGCCCUAGAGACUUUGCAGAUAUGCUUCUGUCGUGGAAACAUAUGCCCAAUAUAUCAGUCUAUGACUUUGCACAAGGUCUUGUAAACCACACCAAUGUGAGAGUGCCAGAAAAUCCACCAUUCCAGCCAAAUGAAGGCCGUCUUGCUCCUCCAACCCUGAGAACAUACAGGCCGCCAAGACCGAACACUGAAGAUCCACCUUUUGUGGCUUUUGGAGCCAAACACUGA